CUUGACCUUGUAGAAGAUUGGGUUUAGACAAGCAGCUUAUGUUAUAUCAUUUCCUUUUAUUGUAGGGUUUGGACAGGCAAGCCAAAUGUGAUUCCUUUUUCUUUAUAAAAAAUGAUAUUUUUAUAGAAAUACAUGAUCAAAUCUUAAAUAUAUGUUGUUAGGUUGACACUGACGGUCAUGUUAGAGGUUGUAGUUUUUCCUUUUCGGAAACGACAUCAUACGUCACCUGAUGAGUCUUUGCUCCCAACAGAGCGGGAAGUUUAACGAGCAGAAAAAUCAUAACAAACGACCAAUUGCACAAGUAAGACAACUGACGUUUAUGAUCUGAUAUAGUUAAAAACAUUUUCUAUUAGACUUACAGACCUGACAAACUUACAUGUAUUAGCUGUUAUUCGUUCUUUGCUAAUACAAGAGUCUACCCGGAUACAGCUAACGUUGACUCGGUUUAUUCGGGUAGGAGGAUGGGGGACAGGGCCCUGCUGCGGGAACUGAAGCGUUGGGCGACUGAGGAAUUUAAUCUACCUGCCCAAAGUCUCCCGAACGACAACUACUUUAAAACGUUAUGUGUUGGGCCAGGUGCCUCCAUCUGGAGAUAUGUUAUAGAACAUAUUUUCAAUCAGAGGAAUGUAAGGGUUAUGCGUGGAAAUCUCCAAUGGUACAAAGUACUGGAAAAUAAGAAGUUGAAUCAGGUCACGGGGCAGAGUGAAGAUGCAAGGCGACUGGAGCUUCAGGAGCAGAUAGAGGAGCUGAGAGCAGAACUAAACCACCUUGACUCUCAAAUCAAGGGAACUGAAGCACAGCUAGCUACUGAGGAGGAGUCCAUUAACCGGAGCUGGGAGAUGGUGGAGGAGAAUGAACGCCGAAAGCUGCUUUUACAAGCUUUUAAACAACACUGCCUGAAGGAACGCCACUCUCUAUCAGAGGACACUUGCAAAAUUAUUGGCCAUUCCCAGGCCUUGGAACAGCUGUCUAGGAAGGAAGAGAUGGAGUUGGUGUUUAAAAAGGAAACCUCAAAUAGCAGCAGAGAGGAUCUCAACCCAAUUGGAGCAGAGCCUAUGGUUCUGCGCAAUGUCAGAGAGCUGUGUGACGAAAGACUGCUCUUCUUCCAGUCUUUACAAGAGACUGAGCUAAGGAUGACAUCAUCCACCGCUACACCCUUGAAUCGUGAACAGAGACAAACGGUGUAUCAGCAUUGGUUAAGUGCUGUGGAGGACCUGUUGCAACGCCAUCCUCCAAACCAAGUGCUGUCAGCUUUGCAGUACCUGGCCUCGGGGCAGGAAAUGGCGUUGGAGGAGAAGCUCUCUUCUUUGGAUGUGACUCGCGAUGUAACGGCAUUAAGGUUCCGCUGUGAGAGCAAUCGCCUGCUGGACAUCUCCAAACAGGAGGAAGAGCUGCCGCCCGUUAAGAAUCUUCUACAGUCAGCCUGGGAAGAGGUGGAGCAGAGUCUGGUGGACCUGGCUCAGACACGCUCACGAACUCGGCAGCUCAAGGACCAGCUUCAGGCCAAACAGGAAGAGGCAAAGGUGGAGCUGCUUGGUAGGGAAUCUCCGAUUGAAGGCCUGGCACAGUCAGUGUUGGAGCUGGAGAUAAGGUGUGUGAUCGAGGCAGCAGAGAGAGACUGCCUGCGGGACCAGUGUGUUCAAAUGGAGCAGCAGGCCAGGGACCGACAGGAGGGCCUGCGCAACCUGCGGAGACAAUGGCAAAGCAUCAUGGAAUUUAGACGGCUUGUGGACAUGAGGCAGGAACAAAUAAGAGGUCUCAUCAAGGGAAACUCGACAGCUAAGACUGAACUGACUCGCACACACAAGGAGAUUAGAGAGUUUGUUCAGGAAAAACUCUGCCCCCAGUUUGGCAAUGUUCUUUCAGCAGCCAAUGGCCUUCGCAACUCUGUGUCCCAGGAGGCCAAACAGUUUGGAAACGUGUCACUAGUGACACUUGACCGCAGGAUUGUUGAAGGCAAGCAGAGAAUUCCAGCGGCAUGGUUGUCUAUCCAUCGCCUACAUUCCUCGCCAUUCCAUAACCUCUGUCAAAGUCUGGAUUUCCCAGUGUACAAGGCCCCUGAGAAACUGUACUCACAAGCUCUUUCCCAGCAUUUGGAUCUUCGUUUUUUGCGUCGUUUGCUGCAGUUGCACUCCUCCUCUUUAGCAAAUACAGAAAAGCAGAGAGAACUACUACCUGCACCUGAUCAACAAGCCCUCCUGCAGCGUGUCCUGGAGGAAGACCAGGAGAUGCUUCAGUCUUUGUUGCCCAGGGUUCGGGAGCUCACCCAGAGAUGCUCAAAGGGCCUUUCCUAUGGGAACCAGGUUAAGACUGGCAUUUGUCAUUGGUGGGAUCAGCCUGCUCAGUUUGUUCUGCCUGAAAAGCGUAUAGGGGGACUAACUUUUCAACAAUGGUUACAAAGGUGGAAAUUUGCAGCCAGUGGGCUUCCUUGAAAAUACAGAAGACUGAAGUGCAAAGCUUUUUGUACCCAGAUUGAUUUUAGAUCUAUUCAUUUGAAGAUGUUUCUUUAUAUUAGUUCUAAAACUGCAGGACUCCCACUAACAUUAAUUUACAAUAUUGUUUGUUUCCACACACAAUGCUAUUCAAUGUGUGCCAAGUAAUUUGCUUUUGUCUUUAUGCCAUUAAAUUAACUUUUCCUGCACGUUUGUCGGAAUGAGCUUAAUGGUUAACAUCAACCAAGACAGUUUUAUUAGCAGUUACCCCCAAUCAUCAAAACAUAGACAUGCUUUUUUUUGUUUUUUGUUAGAGCAAUAUAUUCUAAAUAAAUGUCAUUCCAUAAAUAAG